AUGGUAGGAUCACCUGAUGACGCUACAGCGCAACAUCCGGCCUCCGACCUGGCGUCACUGGACGUCAGUGAGCUGGAGCGGCUGAUGGAGGAUCCUGAUAGGAAAAACCUUCAUGAAGGACGCAAAUCAGCCACAGAUGAUCAUCGUGUCAAGCUCAAAAUUGAGACUUUAGACGCUGAACUGAACACAUCGGCUGGAAACAAGGCAAAACAGUUUGACCUGUGCUCACAGAUAGGUGAUCUUUACAGGACAGAACUACAUGACUUAGAGUCAGCUCUACAGUACUACCAAAACAUGUUAGAGUGUUCUAAGUCGCUGGAAGGGGACGCAAAAGAAGCCAAAGCCAACAACAGACUCGGUUUGACGUAUGACAUUCUGGGUGUCAAAGAGGAAGCCAUUCGUUGCCAUGAGAGAGCUCUGGAAAUCUACAAAACCAAAGCAAAUAAAGAGCUAGAAAUGUGCGCAGCUUACAAAAAUCUGGCAUCAUCGUUAGCACUGUUCGAUCAGGUGCCGGGUGCAAAAACUAAUUAUGAAUCAGCCUUGGCUGUUGCCACGGAAACUGGAAAUAAGGCCGAACAGGUGGAUAUCUACUGUAGGGUUGGCGAUUUGCACAGGAAUAAGCUAGACGAGCCGCAGGUCUCUCACAAGUACUACACAAAGAUGUUGGCACUAGCCAGGGAGCUCGGGUGGACGCACGUGGAGGGAGAGGCGUACGGGAGACUGGGGUACGCCUGUAGCGAUAUGGAGGAUAGUGUGGGGGCUCUAGAGUGGCAUCUGAAGAACCUUAAGGUACAACAAGAUGAAGGAGACAAGAAAGAAGAGGUAACGGCACACAUGGAUGUUGGUAAUGCAUACAUCUUCCUGGACAGAACGCACCUGGCAAUGCCCCAUUUCAACACAGCCUUACAAAUGGCACAGCAGACGGGGAAUCUACAUAAACAGCUGGAUGCGUGUAUCUGCUUAGGUGAGAUGCACAGGAAUCAACUUGACUCCCCACGUACAGCCAUCCAGUACUAUGAACAGUACCUUGCUUUAGCCAGGCAGUUGGGGGAUAGGCGUGCGGAAGGGACGGCGUACAACAGACUGGGGCUGGUCCACCACAGUCUCUGGGAUCUGGCAGCAGCUCUGGGGUGGUACCAGAAAUCCCUGCAGAUGCGAGAGGAGGACGGUGACAUAAGCGCGCAGAUGUCACAACAUAUGAAUGUUGGCCAUGCGUACACGUCAAUGGAUAAACCGGAACAGGCGAAAUUCCACUUUGACAAGGCCUUACAGUUAGCACAGCAGAUAGAAGACCAACCGGGACAGAUGCAGGUUUACCUCUGUCUGGGUGACAUACAAAGUGAACAACUCCACUCUCCACGUACAGCCAUCCAGUAUUAUGAACAGCAUCUCACACUAGCCAAUCAAUUGGAGGACAGGGUUGAGGAGGGACUGGCUUACAACAGACUCGGACAGGUCCAUUAUGAGAUGGGGGAGUAUGAGGCAGCUCUGGAGUGGUACCAAAAGCAGUUGACGAUGAGUCAAGAAAAUGGAGACGAGACUGAACAGAUAAAUGCACAAGCGAAUGUGGGGAAUGCAUACAUGAACCUGAAUAAAACAGACCAGGCAACAUCCCACUUUAACACAGCCUUACAGUUAGCAGAGUGGACAGGUGACCAGUAUGCACAGAUGAGGGUUAGCUUCUACCUGGGUGACUUGUAUAAGGACAAACUCCACUCCCCACGUACAGCCAUCCAGUAUUAUAAACAACAGCUUACACUAGCCAGGCAGUUGGGGGACAGAAAUCAGGAAGGGGUGGCUUACAACAGACUGGGACUGUCCCAUUCCGAUAUGGGGGAGCUUGAAGCAGCUUUGGAGUGGAACCAAAAAGCCCUGAAGACUUUCGAAGAAGUCGGUGACACAAAAGAGCAGAUAGCGCAACACACAAAUAUGGGUGACGCGUACAGAAGACUGGGUAAACUGGACCAGGCAACAUCCCACUUCAGCACAGCCUUACAGAUGGCACAGCAGACAGGGGAUCUACAUGGACAGAUGGGGCUUUACUUACGUCUGGGUGAGAUACAAAGGGAACAACUUCACUCUCCACGUACAGCCAUCCAAUAUUUUGAACAGUACCACAGACUAGCAAGGCAUUUGGGGGACAAGAAUGAGGAGAUUGUGGCUUACAACAAACUCGGUCAGGCACACUACGAGUUCGAGGAGUAUGGGACCGCCCUUGACUGGUUUCACAAGCACCUUGCUCUAGCCACGCAGUUGGGGGACGUGCAUCAUCAAGGAGUGGCAUAUUGCGGACUAGGAGCGGCCUGCCACGGGAUGGGGGAACUUCAGGCGGCUCUCGAAUGGUUCCAAAAGUAUUUCGAGAUGAGUCAGGAAAGCGGAGAAAAGAAAGAAGAGCUGAAGGCACAUUUGAACCUGGCUUCUUGCAACCAGGCUCUGAACAAACCGGACCUGGCCAGAUUUCAUUAUCAAUCAGCCAUGACCAUCGCCAUGGAGACAGGAGACAAACAGCAACUGGCGGAAAUUAACCUCAAACUGGGCGACUUACACAGGUUACAGCUACAGGAACCGCAGGUUUCACUCAAGUAUUACACAGAGAUGCUGGAACUAGCCAGGGACCUGGAGAGAAAGGACGCAGAACGGCAAGCUUACAACAAGCUUGGGCUCGCUUGUAACGGGAUGCAAGAUCACGAGGCAGCUGUGGAGUGGCAUCAGAAGAACCUUGCGAUGAGUGAAGAGAAUGAAGACAAGAUAACUGCUCAUGAAAACAUCGCCCAGUCUUACCAGGCCAUGGGCAAACCGGACCUGGCAAGACCCCACGUGCAAGCCGCGGUCACCCUGACCAUGGCUACAGGCAAUCGGCCAGCUGUGAGCACCCCCUCCAAUAUGUGCAACUUAGUAUAGUCCAACAGUAAUUGAGUUCGGUGUGCUCUCUAAGAAAGGAAGCUUGAAGUAAUACGGCCUCUUUACUGCAGGACACAUGGAGUAUGUCCAUGGUCUCUAUAAUGUAUACCUCUAACACAGGAGUCUGCACAGAAAUACCAGGUACUGCUAUGUUGAAAGAUUCUUUAAACAAUAUCCGUGUGUGUGCUUGUGGUGUGUGUGUGCAUGUGUGUGUGUGUGUGUGUGUGUGUGUGUGUGUG